CAUUGAUUAUCACCAAAUUUUUUCAGGGUCAGCAAGAAUUGAAACGAUCCGUACAAAAUUAUGGCCGUUGAUAGUAUGACCAAACAACGUAUUGUCAAUCAUCAACAAGAUGAUGAUGAUAAUAAGGGAAAAAAUGAUUCGUUAACAAAAGUUAAUGAACAUAAUUUUCGUACAAAUUAUGAUGAUGAUAAUAAUGAUCAUCGAAUAUUGAAUGAAUCAUUGAUUGAUGAUGAUUUUGAUGAUGAAACAAAUACAAUCAAUGAAAUUGAACAAAAAUUAUCAACAGUACAAUGGAAUGAUAUUGUUUGGCGUAAUGUUAUUGCAUUAACAAUUUUACAUUUAUUAGCUAUUUAUGGUUGGUUUUUAUUUGUAACCGAUAUAAAAAUUAAAUGGCAAACAAGUUUUAUAACAUUUAUAUUGGGUUUAUUUUCAUCAUCAUUUGGUAUAACGGCUGGUGCACAUCGUCUUUGGUCACAUCGUUCAUAUAAAGCAAAAUGGCCAUUAAGAUUAAUAUUAGCAUUUGCCAAUACAAUAGCCUUACAGAAUGAUAUUUAUGAAUGGUGUCGUGAUCAUCGUGUACAUCAUAAAUAUUCGGAAACAAAUGCUGAUCCACAUAAUUCAAGACGUGGUUUUUUCUUUGCACAUAUGGGCUGGUUAUUGGUUAAAAAACAAAAUGAUGUUAAAAUAAAAGGUAAAAAUAUUGAUCUAUCGGAUAUAUGGGCCGAUCCAAUUGUACGUUUUCAACGUCGUUUCUAUAUACCAUUGGUUAUUGUUUGCUGGGGAAUUAUACCAACAUUAAUACCAUAUUAUUGUUUCAAUGAAACAUUAUGGCAUUCAUUUUUAGGUUGUGUUUGUUUUCGUUAUGUUUAUGUAUUACAUUGUACAUGGUUAGUAAAUAGUGCUGCACAUCUUUGGGGACAUCGACCAUAUGAUAAAAAUAUUCAACCAAAAGAAAAUGAUUCAGUUGUUUAUCUAACAUUUGGUGAAGGCUAUCAUAAUUAUCAUCAUACGUUUCCAUGGGAUUAUUCAGCAAGCGAGUAUGGUUGUUAUUAUAAUUUUAAUUUAACAACAUUGAUUAUUGAUUUAUUUGAACGUUGUGGUUGGGCAUAUGAUCUAAAAAAACCAUCAAAUGAAAUGAUUAUAGCAAGAAAAUUUCGUACAGGUGAUGGUACAGGUUCAUAUGAAGAAUGUGAAAUUAUGUCUUCGAAUGUUCCAUCAACAAUUUCGACAUUGAAAUCAUCUACAGAUGAUAUAUCAAAAUCAAUGACCAUUUUGUCUUCCAAUGAUAUUAAUAAUAAUAAUAAUGAUAAAAAAUGUUUAACAUCAGAAUUUGUAAAGAAUAGAAUUUCUUCAUUACAACAAAAUAUGUCCGUUAUUAACAACGAUAAUGAUAAUAUUAAUAUAAUGGAUUUGGAUAAUCAAAAUCAACAACCAUUAAUUCAUGAAUCAGAGCCAUUAGCUCAAACAUUUAUUGAAAAUUUGAAAAAAAUUCUUACAUUAGAAAUAAAUAUGGGAUCAUUUAUACGACGUUCAUUAAUAACCAUAUUUAUGGCAAUAUUUAUAUCGGUCGUACAAACUUAUACAUGGAUUACAUUACCAAUAUAUUAUUUGUUACAAAAACCAUGGUUAAAACGAAAAUUAAAUUUACGUAAUCGAGUGAAAAUUUAUAAUCCAUCUUCAGCGCCAUUGACCACAAUUCCAUCAGUUGAAUCCGAUUCUAACAAUAAUAAUCAAUCAAUUAAUAAACUUUCAUUAUCACCAAUCUAUAUUCGUGAUGAUUGUGGUGAAUAUAAUCAUCCAUUAUAUUCAUUUAAAACAGUAAAUGAUAUAAUUGAAAAUUUAACUAAUCUUCAUGGAUCAGAUCAACCAUGUCUUGGAUAUCGUCAAGUGCUUUCCGAAGAAAUUGCACUCGAUUCACAAGGUCAAGAAAGACGAAUGGAUGGUCGACAAUUAAAACAAUAUCAUCUAAGUGAUUAUAAAUGGCUAACAUAUUCACAAUUGGAUGAUAUAAGAAAUAAUAUUUCUCAAGGAUUUAUGUCAAAUGGAAUUAAUAAAUCAAGCCGUGUAAUGAUCAUAUCGGAAACACGUAUCGAAUGGAUGAUUUGUUUUCAAUCAUUAAUUCGAUGUGGUGCUACGUUAGCCACUGUAUUUUCUAAUCUAGGUGUCGACGGUGUAGCACAUGGUAUUGAAGAAACCGAAGUGGAAACUGUGAUUACAUCUUUGGAAUGUAUUCCAUUGCUAAAAUCGGCUCUUAACCAUACAAAAAAACAUUGCGUAAACAAGAUCGUUUAUAUGGAUGGUCUACAUAAACCGGAUAUUGAUGUUGAAGAAUCGAUUAAAAUAUUUGCCUUAAGCGAUAUUGAAACAAUGGGUAAACAAAUAAUUAAAGAAAAUCGUCAACAACCAUAUCCAUCUGCAAAUAUUGAUGAACCAAUGCUUAUGAUGUAUACAUCUGGUACGACUGGUCAACCAAAAGCUGCUACAAUGACUCAACGUCAAUUCUUGGGUUCAAUACGUGCAUUAUUUGUGCUAGUCCGUCAUAUUAUGCAUGAAGCACCAUUUCAUACCUAUGUUUCAUAUCUACCAAUGGCACAUGUUCUUGAACUUACACUUGAAUUAUUUUUCUGUUUUGGCGGCGUUCGACUUGGUUAUGCAUCACCAUUCACAUUGACCGAUUCUGCACCGGGCUUAGCACGUGGUCAAAAACCUGACAUAAAAUUGCUAAGACCUACCGUAAUGACUACCGUACCAUUAGUAUUGGAUCGUAUUAUCAAAGAAGUAAACGAAAAACUUCGUUCAAGAACACCGGUUUCACAACCAGUAUUUCAAUUUUUAAUGAAUUAUAAAUCAAUGUGGACACGAUUAGGUUAUCGUUGUGAUAUUGUUAGUAAAUUGUUAUGUUCAAAAGUACGUGAACAACUUGGAAGUAAUCUACAUUUUGUCAUUUGUGGUGGUGCACCAUUGAAUUCGAACACACAAGCAACGAUAAAAUCGGCUUUAGAUGUAACAUUGAUUCAAGGUUAUGGCGCCACUGAAACAACUGGUGCUGUUCUUUGUAUGGAUUUUGAUGAUCUCGAAUAUGGCCGUGUUGGUGCUCCACUUGGACAAGUUUAUUUUCGUCUUCGUGAUUGGCCGGACGGUGGUUAUUCGGUUAAAGAUAAACCAAAUCCACGUGGUGAAAUCCUUAUCGGUGGUGAUCUUGUUGCCAUUAAUUAUUUUAAAAGACCCGAACAAACAGACGAUGUUUUUAUCACUGAUGAAAAUGGUAUACGAUGGUUUCAAACUGGUGAUGUUGGUGAAUUAUAUUCAAAUGGUACGAUCAAAAUUAUUGAUCGUUGUAAAGAUCUCAUCAAAUUACAGAAUGGUGAAUAUAUUUCACUUGGAAAGGUCGAAGCUGCAUUAAAAUUUUGUCAAUUAGUAGACAAUGUAUGCGUAUAUGGUGGUACAUUUUCCAAUGAUAUUGUCGCUUUAAUCAGUCCUAAUCGUAAAGCAUUGGAACAAUUAGCACAAUCUAUUGGUAAAAAUCAUCUUUCAAUUGAAGAACAAUGUAAUGAUCCACAAAUACAACAAAUCACAUUUAAUGAAGUAAUCAAAACGGCAAAACAAUUAUCAUUGGGUAAAAAAGAAAUACCAAGUCGUGUUCGAUUAGUACCAGAGGUAUGGUCACCCGAUAACGGAAUAUUGACAGCAGCAUUAAAAUUAAAACGUCGUAUUGUCGAACAAAUGUAUAAACAACAACUAUAUGAUUUAUAUAAUGCAAAAAAAUUUAAUAUUAUAACAUCGAAUGGAUAUGAUCAGAAUAAUAAUACGACGGCCAAUGGUGGUGGAGCUAAACGUACAACAACAGUGACGAAUGGAUCAAAAAAUCAUACAGCAUGAUUUACAUUUAUCUUG